AUAAUAAUAAUAAUAAUAAUAAUAAUAAUAAUAAUAAUAAUAAUAAUGUUGUUAAAUUGUGGUGGACAGUGAGGGCAUUGAACUUGCUAUUAGGGGGAUGGGAUGCACAAGCUGUGGCACUAUGGAACAUAAGUGGAGAACCUUGCAGUGGAUCUGCCAUUAAUGCUACAGAUUUUGAGGACGGAGACAACAAUCCAGCGAUCAAGUGUGAUUGUUCCUACAACAACAAUAAUACUUGCCAUAUCACCCAAUUGAGAGUUUAUGCUUUGCAAAAAAGGGGAACAAUCCCAGAAGUAAUUGUGGCUUUGAAAUAUUUGACUUUGCUGAAAAUUGAUCAAAAUUACUUCACAGGUCCCUUGCCUGCAUAUAUUGGAAAUUUAUCAUCAUUGAAGUCUUUGUCCAUCGCUCAUAAUGCAUUUUCUGGGAGCAUUCCAAAGGAAAUUGGAAAUCUUAAGGAGCUAACCUUACUGUCAAUAGGAGUAAAUAACUUCAGUGGAACACUCCCUCCAGAAAUAGGCAAUCUUGUCAAACUCGAGGAACUUUAUAUUAACAGCUGUGGAUUGGGUGGUGAAAUUCCCUCAACAUUUGCCAAUCUUAAAAGCAUGAGAGUCUUGUUGGCAUCAGACAGUGCGUUCUCAGGCAAGAUACCUGAAUUCAUAGGGAAUUGGACAAAGCUUCAACAAUUGAGAUUUCAGGGGAAUUCUUUUAAAGGUCCCAUACCAUCCAGCUUUUCUAAUUUGACAUCUUUGGAUUCCUUGCGAAUUAGUGAUAUGCACAAUGUGAGUUCAACUCUUGAUUUUAUCAAGAAUUUGAAGAGUUUGUCUGAAUUGUAUCUAAGGAAUGCAUUGAUCAGUGACACUAUUCCAUCUGACAUUGGAGAAUAUACAAGAUUACAAAGGGUGGAUUUAAGUUUCAACAACUUAACGGGCCCAAUUCCAAGUUCUUUGUUCAAUAUGAGUUCUCUUGAAUCCUUGUUUCUUGGAAACAAUAGCCUAUCUGGAAACCUUCCUAAUCAGAAAAGUAAUACUCUUCAGACUAUUGUUUUACCACAACUGAACUGUCUGCAGAGAAAUUUUCCUUGCAAUAGAGAUCUUCCACGCUAUGCAAAUUUCGCAAUCAAGUGUGGUGGUCCAGAGAGGAAAACUGGUGACGGAAUAGUGUUUGAAGCUGAAAACUCAUCUCUAGGUGCAGCAUCCUUCAAUGUGACUAGCAGUGAAAAAUGGGCAGUCAGUAACGUGGGUUUGUUUACUGAUAGAAUUAGUCCAGCUUACGUUGAAAAUACAUUGGCACAAGUGACUAGCACCAAUGCUCCGGAGCUUUAUCAAACUUCAAGGAUAUCUCCAAGUUCACUUAGGUACUAUGGCCUUGGUCUUGAGAAUGGAAAUUACACCAUUAGCUUGUUCUUUGCAGAAACUGCAUUCGACGAUCGAAGCUCACAAACUUGGGAGAGUCUAGGAAGACGCAUUUUCGACAUCUAUAUCCAAGGAAGUCUCCGAUUGAAGGACUUUGACAUAUCAAAGGAAGCAGGGGGGGUUAGGAAGGCACUUGUAAGCAAAUUUAAUGCUACUGUAUCAGAAAACUAUCUUGAAAUUCACCUAUUUUGGGCUGGAAAGGGAACUUGCUGCACCCCUGUACAAGGGUAUUAUGGACCAAUCAUUUCAGCACUCAGUGUUGUUCCAGAUUUUAUGCCUACUGUUAGUGGGAUACCGCCACAUACUCGUAAAGAGAAGGAAAAAACAGGGUUGAUUGUUGGUGUUACUCUCUCUGCUGCAAUUGUAGGCUUUAUUUUGUUAUUUGCGUUUCUUUACUUCAACAGAAAAACGAGGAAAGAUGACGAGGAUGUGUUUGUUGGGAUUGAUUAUAAACCCAACACAUUUAGCUAUGCUGAAUUGAGAACAGCCACAGAAGACUUUAGCCCUUCAAAUAAGUUAGGAGAGGGAGGAUUUGGACCUGUGUACAAGGGUACACUUUUUGAUGGAAGAGAAGUGGCAGUGAAGCAACUUUCAGUAGAAUCAAGCCAAGGAAAUAGUCAAUUUAUAACUGAGAUCGCUACCAUAUCUGCUGUUCAACAUCGCAAUCUUGUCAAAUUAUAUGGAUGUUGCAUUGAAGGAAAUAGACGCCUGUUGGUCUACGAAUAUCUUCAGAACAAAAGCCUUGACAAGGCACUCUUUGCAAAAAAUAGCUUUCAGCUUGAUUGGCCAACCCGCUUCAAUAUAUGCAUUGGAACUGCAAAAGGAUUAGCUUAUCUUCAUGAAGAGUCAAGGCCAAGGAUUGUACAUAGAGAUGUGAAGGCAAGUAAUAUUUUGAUUGAUGCAGAACUCUGCCCCAAAAUAUCUGAUUUUGGACUGGCAAAGCUCUAUGAUGAUAAGAAAACCCAUAUCAGCACUCGAAUUGCAGGCACCAUAGGGUAUUUGGCACCUGAGUAUGCAAUGCGUGGACAUUUGACAGAGAAGGCUGAUGUCUUUAGUUUUGGAGUUGUUGCUUUAGAGAUUCUGAGUGGAAGGCCAAACUCUGAUAAUUGCUUAGCCAAGGAACAAAUUUAUCUUCUUGAAUGGGCAUGGAGUUUGCAUGCAAAUAACCAAAGUUUGGCACUAGUGGAUCCAAACUUAACUGAUUUUGAUGAAAAUGAAGCUCUUAAGGUCAUAGGGGUUGCUCUCUUGUGUACUCAAGGCUCACCAAUGAUGAGACCAACAAUGUCACGUGUUGUAGGCAUGCUUGCUGGAGAUAUCGAAGUGAAUGCUAUAGUAUCAAAGCCAAGCUAUUUGACUGAUUGGGAUUUUAAGGAUAUAACCUCUAGCUUUUCAAAUCAAGAUUCUACUAAAUCCAUUGAAGCUGAAAGUAGCAAAAACAACAAUAAUAAUACAGGGGUUGAUACAAUGGAUACUCCAUUAAAUCUCACUGUGUCUAGCCUCACUGAUCUUAUUGGGGAAGGAAGGUGAUAAUUGGUAUAUAUGCUAUUUCUAAAAUUUACAUCUUCUUGUUGUUGAAUAAAAUUCCUCUCUUCCAUUUCUUGUAUAUAUGUUAUAAUUUUGAGAGUGAAUAACUGAAUAUGAUUUUUGUAUAUGUACUCUAAUAUGGAAAGUUCAUGUUUGCUUCAAUUUAAACUUUUAAGUUAGAAUA